UCUUCUUCAACUCCUUAUCCUUUAUAUGAUUCUCAAACUCCUCCACCGGCUUUCCCUAAAGAAGCAUCCAAUGGGAAUGGGUUGGUUUCUCCUCCUGGUGCUCAUCCUUUAUCUGCUACCUCAUCAGUUACUAAUUUCAAUUUAAAUAAUAAUAAUAAUAAUAAUAAUAGUAACUCGAUAUUUGAAACUUCAAAUAAGCAAGAAUAUUCAAAAUCGGAAAGUAAUUUAAUGUCAAAUCUUCAAGAAAAUCCAAGUAAUGGUUCAAAUACUAAUUCAAUUUUUGGUGCUCCUCCAAUGGCUCCUCCUGGUAGAUUAGGCCAUAAUAGAUCAGUUUCUUCAACUUCUUCUUUUAUUUAUGAUAGAUCCGAUAAUGCUAGUAUGAUUGAUUUUAGUCAAAAUGUCAUUCAACAAUAUCUUGGGGAUAAUUCUUCUCAUCUUUUACCAAGAAUUAAAACUAUUGACAUGUAUAGGAAAAAUGCUAAAAAAUCAAAUGAUCCAACAGUUUUAUUUCAAUAUGCUCAGUAUAUGUUACAAACUGCUUUGAUUUUAGAUAAUGAAAAUUCAUCCACUCCUGGUUCAAAUACUCCAAAUGAAUCACCCAGAAAAAAUGAAAAUUUAGGAGUUAAUAAUAAUAAUAUGAAAAAAUCUCAUUCAAAAUCAAAAUCAAAUUCUUCUUCUUUGGAUUUAGAAAAUGCCAGUGAAAUGGAUGAUUCUAAAUUGAAGAGAGCUUUAUUAAAAGAAGCUGUUCAUUAUUUAAGAAAAUUAUCAGAUAAAGGAUAUACUGAAGCUCAAUACUUAUUAGGUGAUGCUUGCAGUUCUGGUGCUUUAGGUAAAGUUGAUAAUAAAGAAGCUUUCGCUUUAUUCCAAGCUGCUGCUAAACAUGGUCAUAUUGAAAGUGCUUAUAGAACUUCUUAUUGUUAUGAAGAAGGUUUAGGUACUGGUAGAGAUGCACGCAAAGCAAUUGAGUAUUUAAAAAUGGCUGCAUCAAAAAAUCACCCUGCUUCAAUGUAUAAAUUAGGUGUUUAUUCAUUUUAUUCUAGAAUGGGGAUGCCAAAUAAUGUUAAUACUAAAAAAAUGGGUAUUAAAUGGUUAACUCGUGCUUCAAACGUUGCUAAUGAAUUAAUUGGUGCUGCUCCUUAUGAAUUGGGUAAAAUUUAUUAUAAUGGGUUUCAAGAUAUUAUUAUCACUGAUCAAAAAUAUGCUUUAGAAUUAUAUUCUCAAGCUGCUGCUUUAGGUCAUAUUGAAUCUGCUGCCAUCUUAGGUAAAUGUUAUGAAGUUGGUGAGGUUGUUCCUCAAGAUUCUAAUUUAUCAAUUCAUUAUUAUACCCAAGCUGCUUUAGGUGGUGAUCCAGAAUCAAUGUUAUCAAUGUGUGCUUGGUAUCUUGUUGGUAAUGAACCUUUCUUACCAAAAGAUGAGCUGGAAGCUUUUGAAUGGGCUAAAAGAGCUGCCAUGUGUGGUUUAGCUAAAGCUCAAUUUGCAUUAGCCAAUUUUUAUGAAAAGGGAAUUGGUUGUAUUAAAAAUAUUAAUGAUGCUCAAACUUGGUAUCAAAAAGGUGCAGAAAAUGGUGAUGAAAAAUGUUUAAAUAGAUUAGCUAAUAAGGAAUUAGCUGCAAAAUUACAGAAAAAUUUGAAAAAG